UUUACAAAGAACAUGGAGAAACACUACUCGGACUCACAAGUCAAAGGAGUCAGCACAGGGACCACCAUCCUGGCUGCCGUCUUUGAUGGAGGGGUUGUGAUUGGAUCAGAUUCCAGAGCUUCAAUUGGAGGGGAAUAUGUAUCUUCUAAGACCAUCAACAAGGUGAUUCAAGUUCAUGACCAGAUCUUCUGCUGCAUGGCUGGUUCACUUGCAGAUGCUCAGGCUGUCACCAAAGCUGCAAAGACCCACCUGUCAUUUCACAGUGUACAGAUGGAGAGUCCUCCUCUGGUGAUGGCAGCAGCAUCAGUGCUAAAAGAACUGUGUUACAAAAACAAAGAUGAGCUGCAGGCUGGUUUCAUCACAGCAGGAUGGGACAUGAAGAAAGGACCACAGGUGUAUGUUGUGUCUCUGGGUGGGAUGCUAAUCAGUCAGCCUGUUACCAUUGGCGGCUCAGGAAGUACCUUCAUCUAUGGCUACGUUGAUGCUAAAUACAAACCCAACAUGACCAGAGAGGAAUGUCUACAGUUUGCCACCAAUGCUCUUGCUCUGGCAAUGGGCAGGGACAACGUCAGCGGAGGUGUUGCUCACCUGGUGGUGAUAACAAAAAAAGGGGUGGAGCAUGUAGUUGUACCUGGAAACAAGCUGCCAAGAUUCCAUGAUGAAUGACUGAUUUUCUGUCUCUCACCUUAAAACUUAAGAAUUACAGGAUUAUCACCAGAAUUUAACUGCUGUAUUCUGUUAUUUUAAUAAUUUUUGGAAAAAUAAAAAAAAAUCAUAACCUCA